AUGGUUAUUAUGGAUGGACAACAGUUUCAAUGUGCUAUAACAACUUGCUUACCCAUUGCUAACUUUACUGUAUCUAAUAUUCUUAACUGUCAAGUUAGUUGUUUAGAACAAAGUCAAUGCAAAGCUGCUAGUUUUCGCCAAUCGACUUCUAAUUGUCAAUUGUUUAGUAAUGACGUUAAUCAAAAUACUACAUUAGUUGGAGCCGCUGGUACAGUUACUAUGAUUGUCAUCGAUGGCACACGAGUGCCAUCUGUGUCAACUUCGUCGCCACCAGCAUCGGCCUCGUCAUCAUCAGUAUCAACUUCGUCGCCACCAGCAUCGCCCUCGUCAUCAUCAGUAUCAACUUCGUCGCCACCAGCAUCGCCCUCGUCAUCAUCAGUAUCAACUUCGUCGCCACCAGCAUCGCCCUCGUCAUCAUCAGUAUCAACUUCGUCACCAUCAGCAUCAACUUUAACGAGCUCUGUUAGCGUAUGCAACAGCACGUACUCGAGUUCGCUCACUUUCUCAACUGGUAGUCAACCAUUUUCAGCAGCAGUCAUUGAUGUAAAUUCGGAUAGCAAACCUGAUAUAAUUACUGGUAAUUAUGGUGCAGAUACAGUUAGCGUUCUUCUCAACAAAGGCAACGGCACAUUUUCUUCACAAACUACUUACUCAACUGGUUCUGGUAGUCAACCAUUGUCAGUAGCAGUCUAUGAUGUAAAUUCGGACAGCAAGCCUGAUAUAGUUACUGCCAAUUAUGGUACGAAUACAGUUAGUGUUCUUCUUAACAACGGCAACGGCACAUUUUCUUCUAAAACUACUUUCACAACCGGCAGUUAUACAUACGCCGUUGCAAUCGCUGAUGUAAAUUCGGAUAACAAACCCGAUAUAAUUACUGCAAAUUAUGGUGCAAAUACAGUUAGUAUUCUUCUCAACAAAGGGAAUGGCACAUUUUUUCCCCAAACUACUUUCACAACUGACUCUGGUCCAUAUGCCGUACAAAUCGUUGACGUAAAUUCGGAUAGCAAACCUGAUAUAAUUACUGCCAAUUAUGAUUCGAGCACAGUUAGUGUUCUUCUCAACAAAGGCAACGGCACAUUUUCUUCGCCAACUAAUUAUGUAACUGCCGCUGCUCCUGAUUCAGUAGCAGUCGCUGAUGUAAAUUCGGAUAGCAAGCCUGAUAUAGUUACUGCCAAUCAUGACGCCAACACAGUUAGUGUCCUUCUCAAUAAAGGCAACGGCACAUUCUCCUCUCAAAUCACCUACGCAACUGGUACUAAGCCAUAUUCUGUAGCUCUUUUUGAUGUGAAUUGUGACAGCAAAGCUGAUAUAAUUGCUGCCAAUAAGGAUGCAGACACAGUUAGUAUUCUUCUCAACAAAGGGAAUGGCACGUUUUCCCCCCAAACCACUUACGCAACUGACACUGGGCCAGCCUUCGUGGCAGUAAUCGAUGUAAAUUCUGACAACAAGCCAGACAUAGUUACGGCGAAUAACGCUGCAAACAGUGUUUCGAUUUUGUUUCAUGCGUGA